AUGACGGUUUUCAUCGCAUCCCUGUUUCUCCCUUACACCAUUGACUUCAAGUCAACGGGUUUGAAGAGUGCAAAGUCACUUCGUCGCAAGUCUUCACCAAGCUAUGCGGCUGUCGAUGGGUCGGGCGCCACACCCAUCAUUGGUCGCCUGGCGGAUACCCACAAGCUUCGACAAAGGUCCGCGAGUUUGGAACUUACCCCUGGAGCAACCACAGAAGAUGAGAAGAUAUUCAAAGCAUAUGUAUCGCAUUCAGCAGGAGAAAUUCCCUUAGCGGAUGAUCCCAAUGGUCCUGGUCCCAAUGAGCCUCGGGCCGUCCCAUGGGGCCAGAGCCGCAAGUUCAAUCAACCUCGCUCGAAGGCGGUCAUUCAUCCAGAGCCGUCCAUCCUAAGCCGCCCGGCCUCGCGACAGGAAUCAAAGGAAUCGGCCUUUCUGAAUGGUGGGGGCAUCCUUCCCCCAGUCCCCACAGAAAUAGGCAGCCCCCGGGCACUACUCUCUGCCGAGGACUGGGUCGUUAAAGCAGCAGAGCAAGGAAACGGAGGUCUACAUAAUGCGAUCAAUGCGGCGGCAAGCGCAGGCUUCCUCGAAAACAAGAUGUGGGUGGGAACACCAGGCAUGCCUACAGAUUCGCUGACAGAUAUGACGCGACAUCUUAUCGACGAGACUUUCCAGACUGAGUACGAAUCCCUGACUGUAUUCGUAGCCGACAGCGAAUUUGAAGGCCACUAUACCCAUUUCUGCCGCUCUGUGCUUUGGCCUGCUCUUCACUAUCAGAUGCAAGAGAGUCCGCGUCAUACCGAGUAUGAUGACUACUCUUGGAAACAGUACCUCAAGGUGAAUGAGGCAUUUGCCAACACCAUUGCGAACAACUGGCGUCCUGGGGACACUAUCUGGGUGCAUGAUUAUCACCUGCUUGCGCUCCCAGCACUUCUGAGGAAGAAGCUGCCUCGGGCUAGAAUCGGGUUCUUCCUGCACUCGGCGUUCCCUUCGUCGGAGGUUUUUCGCUGUUUGAAUUCACGCGAUGCGUUGCUGGAUGGGCUCCUCGGAGCGGAUUUGAUUGGAUUCCAAACGGAAGAAUAUUGUUAUCAUUUUAUUCAUUCCUGCAGUCGGCUUCGGCAAUUGCAGGUUUCUGUUGAUGGCGUACAAGUCAACCACCGAUUUGUGCGUGUCAAGAAUUAUCCUUUGGGGAUUGAUUAUCAGUCACUCAAUGCACUGCGUCAGUCUGUUGAGGUGAAAAGCUGGAUCUCGAACAUCGACGAUAAAUACCGAGGGAAGCACUUGAUCGUCGCUCGCGAUCGGCUUGAUGCACCUGGAGGUAUCAAGCAGAAGCUCCUGGCCUAUGAGCUCUUUCUGGAAAGCUAUCCCAUGUGGAGAGAGAAUGUGGUCCUUGUGCAAGUGGCGUCUUCAGCAUCGGAGAUUCCAGAGCUGGAAGCCCAGGUCUCUAAAAUUGCCAUGAGGAUCAAUUCAGUCUACUCCACUCUCACUCAUUCUCCCCUUGUUCUUCUCAAACAAGACAUCAGUUAUUCUCAGUUCCUCGCAUUGAUGAGCGUGGCAGAGAUAUACAUGGCCACCAAUCUUCGUGAAGGAAUGAACCUCACAAGUCAUGACUUCGUCCACUGUCAAGAUGGGCAGCUUGUUUCCCAGAAGCACGGCUCUCUUAUAUUGAGCGAGUUCACGGGCAGUGCAUCCAUAUUCCACGGCCAUCCACUCCUUGUCAAUCCAUGGGACUACAAAAAAUGCGCCGACGCGAUGAAUGUAGCAUUGGAAAUGUCACCAGAGCAAAGAAAGCAAAACUGGGAGUUCCUCCUAGACCGCAAAGCCCCCCACACAGCACUCGCCUGGUUCUCCUCCAUCCAAAGCGCACUCACCGAAGCCCACAGCCAGCAACAGUCGCGUGAAACACACGCAGUCACCCCCCUUCGCCUAGACACCCUCAAAGAAUCCUACCACGCCGCCCAGAAACGCAUUUUCUUCCUCGAAGACGGCGCGACCUUCAUCCCCGACAAGACUCACCCAUCCACAGAAGCAACUGACCUCAUUCAAGCCUUAGUCCUCGACCCCAAGAACACUGUCUAUCUAACCAGCAAGAACAGCCCCGAUCAACUCGAUAAAACAGCCCGCACUCUCUCCCCACGCAUCGGGCUUAUCGCCGAAAAUGGCUGCUUCGCUAAAUCCAGCCCCAAUCCAGACGAAGAAAAAGUAAAAGACGCCUGGGAGGCCCUCGUCGACGUCACAGGCACAAGUGACUGGCGCGCCGGCAUUCGCAAGGUAAUCGAGUAUUUCCAAGAACGUACAGAAGGCAGCACAAUCGAGGAGCGCCGCUGUUCACUAACAUUCGACUACACCCACGCGCUUGAUAGCGAUCUUGCCGCGCACCAAGCCUCCGAGCUAGCGGAUCAGAUCAACGGCGCACGCGGUAGCGAGGCUAUCCGCGUUGUCCGUGAUACUAGCGCUGUGAGCGUGGAGCCACUGCAUGCCUCCAAGGCUGCUGCGGCCUCAAUCCUAUUGGAUCGCCUGCCAGCUGAUGAGUCGGCUGACUUUAUCUUUGUGGCGGGUGGAGCGAGAGGAGACGAGAGUUUGUUUCGGUGGGCGAAUCAGUUGACUCAUGUGCAGCAUGUCAAUGGCAAUGGGCAUGGGCAUGAAAAUGGAAAUGGAAAUGGAUACGGUGAUGGAUAUAAGGCUACAGCCAUUGUGACUGUUACGGCUGGUACGCAUGCUACUGAAGCGAGUGCCGUCCUGCCAACAGGAUUGUCAUUGCUGGAUGUAUUGCGGCUGCUGGUGUUUCCGCAUCUUGUUGGUGUGGCGUCGAGAUGCAGAGAUCUUGGGGCGUAG